AUGGACAGCUGUCUGUUUUUCCUCUCUCUCUCCUCCCUCCUGCUCACCACUGCUGACGGUGGUGAUGUGAGGCUGGUGAAUGGUGGCAGUCCCUGUGCCGGGAGGGUGGAGGUUCUUCAUGAUGGACAGUGGGGGACAGUGCUUGGUGAGCAGUGGAAUAUAAAUGCUGCUACAGUGGUGUGCAGAGAGUUGGGCUGUGGGGCUGCUGUGGAAGCACCAGGUGAAGCUCACUUUGGAGAGGGAUCUGGGAAAAUAUGGAUGGCUAUGGUGAUCUGCAUGGGGUCAGAGUCCACGCUGAAGGACUGUAUAUCAAUGAGGUGGGGUAUAGACAGAAUGUACCCUCGCCAUGAUAAGGAUGCUGGGGUCAUCUGCUCAGGUACGUUUGGUCAGCUGGUUGGGGGGCCUCACCAGUGCUCUGGGAGAGUAGAGUUCUCGAAUGGUGACACGAUGUGUGAUGCUGUGUUCGACCAGCACGACGCAGAGGUUUUGUGUCGGGAGCUGGGGUGUGGAGUACCUGAGGUGCUGAGGGCAGCUGCAUUUGGAGAGGGGGAGGGUCAGGUGUGGUCAGAGGAGAUUCAGUGUAAAGGUAAUGAGUCCCAACUCAUCAACUGUCCAAGAUCAUCCAUACAAAAUGAGAGCUGCUCUCAUAAGCAAGAUGUGGGAGUGACAUGUUUUGGGUACAGUAAUUCCAGGCUGGUGAAUGGUUCAGACUCCUGCUCUGGCCGAGUGGAGCUGCAGUACAGCAGUGAGUGGGGCUCGGUGUGUGAUGCAUGCUGGGAUAUGAGAGCCGCCACUGUCCUCUGUCAGCAGCUGGGCUGUGGGACAGCAGUGGCAAUCCCGGGACAAGCUUGGUUUGGAGAGGGGAGCGGGCCAAUCUGGACUGAUGUGUUUGAGUGCCAGGGGAAUGAGACACGCCUCUCACAGUGCACUGUCUCUUCCUGGAAUCGAGCUGCAUGCUCACAUGGACAAGAUGCAGGGGUCGUCUGCUCCGGAUCAAACUCUUCAGUUAUAGAUGGGCAGGUGAGGCUGUCUGGAGAGAAUGGGUGUGAAGGCCAGGUGGAGGUGUACUACCAGCAGACCUGGAGGAGAGUUCUCCUGGACACCUGGGGCUUCAAUGAGACCUCAGUAGUGUGCAGACAGCUGGGCUGUGGCUCAGCUGAGCAGGUCCAAAGCUCCUCUCCAUCUGGGGGGAGGAACAGGGAUGAUUGUGUCACAGAUUACAGGUGUUCUGGUGUGGAGUCUCACCUGGGGAACUGCGGUGCUCCUGACACACUCACCUGUAGUUCCAGCCAGCAGGUGUCCAUCGUCUGCUCCAGUGAGUACAACAGGUCCCUCAGGCUGGUGGGGGGAGGGGGGGACUGUGCUGGAAGGCUGGAGGUGUUCCACAGGGGCUCCUGGGGUACGGUGUGUGAUGAUUCCUGGGACCUGGAGGAUGCUCAGGUGGUGUGCAGGCAGCUCCGGUGUGGGACGGCCCUCAGUGUCCCCUCACCCUCCCCCUACGGGCCAGGAACUGGAGCCAUCUGGCUGGAUGAGGUGGGCUGCGUGGGGAACGAGACGUCCCUGCGGGAGUGUCACUCAGCAGAGUGGGGACAACACAACUGUGGACACCAAAAGGAUGUAGGGAUCAUUUGCUCAGAAUUCAAGCAGCUCAGACUGGGAAUGACACAAAACACAGAGGGUUGUGAGGGGCAGGCAGAAGUCUUCUACAACGGCACCUGGGGGAGUGUGUGUAUGAAUGACAUGGUGCCAGAUACAGCUCGAGUGAUCUGCCGCCAGCUGGGCUGUGGGGACGCUGUAGGUUUUCAAGACGGAACCACCUCUUUGCCACCGGAUGCUCCUCGAUGGUUGGACAACGUGCAAUGCCGUCCUCAUGACACUUCCCUCUGGCAGUGCCAGUCUUCACCUUGGGGUCAAAACGAUUGCAGUCCCAAUGAGGUGGCUGUUAUCACCUGCACAGGCCCUAAGAGGAAAGUUCCCAGCUUAGAGACGACACUUCAGUCGAAUAAGACCCAGGUCCAUCAGCAGAAAGAGCUGAGGCUGGCCAGCCCCAGGAACUGCUCUGGGAGGGUGGAAGUUCAGAUUGGGGGCUCCUGGGGGUCCAUCUGCAAUGACUUCUGGGACAUGAGGGAGGCUGAGGUGGUGUGCAGACAGCUGGGCUGUGGGGAGGCACUGAGACCUGAUGAGAACAGCACGUCCACCAGAGGAGAUGGAUCCUUCUGGCUUGACGAGAUCAAAUGCAGGGGCACAGAGCUCUACCUUUGGGACUGUCCUCACUCUGUGCUGAGAGAGAGGAGCUGCCGAGACAAGGAAGAUGCUGGGGUUACUUGCGCAGGAGAGCCCAAACGUCCUACAGUGACUCAGCCCCCAUCAGGCAUUUCCAUCUCCAAUGUGGCCUUCCUGGUGCUGGGGGCUCUGCUGUUCCUGCUGCUGGCUCUGCUGUUUGUGCAGGUGUCCCGGACCAGAGCGCUGAAGAGAGCACUGUCUCAGGGGAAACAAGCCCCCAUAUAUGAGGCCGUCUACGAGGAGAUCGAGUACAAAGAGACCAGAGAGGAAGCCUACAGCACCCCCCGAAGGGGAAGUGUCAUUUCUGAGGAUUUACCCUCUGGGUAUGAAGAUGUGGGGGAUGGUGAAGCAGACGCCAUGUCAGGAGAGCUGAUGACAGAGGACACACCAGAGAACUAUGAUGAUGUUGUUCCAAUCGAUCAGACUGCAAGCAACUUGUCAAGAGGUGUGCUGACAGGAGACACCACAGAGUACUAUGAUGAUGUUAUGAGCGUGGGGCAGAGUGCAGACGUUGAGGCAGCGGGGAGAGUCCUGGCCACACUGUCCCCUGAGGAGGGACUCCCAGCCCCUGAUGGGCUUGACUAUGAUGAUGUGGGGGAGGAGCCACAGUUUGGGUGA